CUAUGAUAACUGAUAUAAUGUGGAUGUAAUGAAAACCAAACAUACAAAGCCAUAAAAAGAAUACGCUCAAAUGUGUUGUUUUUUACUGUUGGCUUUUAUAUCUAAAAGUCGGAGCUUUAUAAGAGCACUUGAACGCGUUCUGAGUUUCCUGAUACUCAGUCACUCGUCUGCUGUAAACAUACGGUGUUCAGCUCAACUCCGGGUGGAUCCGACCAGAACCCGAACAGACCACCAAAAACAGCGAUGCACUGGGAGUGAGCAUCAUCGGACAAAAAGAAGAGGACCACAGCCUCUGUGUUUUCUUCAAAGUCAGACAACAAAGUGGGUCCUCUACUGUGUCUACAAUGACCACCAUUGGAGACGGUGACAUGAACACCUGUGGCCCGGAGCUGCCGGCCAUGUUUGAUGGCAUGAAGCUGGCAGCGGUGGCAACUGUCCUCUACAUCAUUGUCCGCUGUCUGAACCUAAAGAGUACCACAUCACCACCAGAGAUCAUCCACCAGGAUACACUGCUCAACCGCUACCUCUUCAAAUCCUGCCCAAUGCUGACCAAAGAAUACAUUCCUCCCUUAUUGUGGGGCAAAAGUGGUCAUCUCCAGACGGCCCUGUAUGGCAAGAUGGGGCGUGUCAACACUCCAACACCCUGCGGGGUCCGCAAGUUCCUCCCAAUGCAGGACGGGGCCACAGCGUCCUUUGACCUCUUUGAGGCUCGUGGAGACCACAGCACAGGAGAUGACAUUACCAUGGUGAUCUGCCCUGGGAUCGGUAACCAUAGUGAGAAGAACUACAUACGGACCUUUGUGGAUUACUCCCAGCAGCAGGGUUACCGCUGCGCCGUCCUCAACCACCUGGGUGCCCUGCCCAACAUGGAGCUCACCUCUCCCCGCAUGUUCACCUACGGUUGUACCUGGGAGUAUGAGGCAAUGGUGAGCAACAUCAAACAAGCUUUUCCUCAGACGCUGCUGAUUGUUGUGGGCUUCAGUCUUGGAGGGAACAUCGUCUGUAAGUUUCUGGGAGAGAAACAAUCCAACCAGGACCGAGUGCUCUGCUGCGUCACCGUCUGUCAGGGUUACAGCGCCCUCAGGGCCCAGGAAACAUUCCUUCAGUGGGACCAGUGCCGGAGGCUCUACAACUUUGUGUUGGCGGACAACAUGAAGAAGCUCAUCCUGUCACACAGGAGCAGUUUGCUUGGCCUGAACUCCAGCAACAUUUGUGACGCGGACCUGGGCAGACUGUACGCAGCCACGUCUCUGAUGCAGAUUGACGACAGCAUCAUGAGGAAAUUCCACGGCUACGGCUCCUUGAAGGAGUACUACGAGAAGGAGAGCUGCGUGCACUACAUGAAGAACGUCACUGUGCCUCUUCUCCUGGUAAACUCUUCAGACGACCCACUCAUUCACCAGUCACUUCUGGAUAUUCCACGCACACUUGCAGAAAAGAUGCCCAAUGUGAUAUUCGUCUUGACCCAACACGGAGGCCACCUGGGCUUCUUUGAGGGAGCCGUGCUGUUACCUCAACCUCUCACCUGGAUGGACAAGGUCAUAGUGCAGUACACCAAUGCCAUCUGCCAGUGGGAGAAGAACCUGCCGGCCUGCCAGAAGGACAGCCAACAUGACAGGAACUCAUGCCUGCAGAGCACAGGGGUAACACAAAGUGGAUAACAUGCUAUACAUAGAAGUCUGGAGACUAAACCAGCGACCAAAACUACAAAGACUAACAUACUUGCCCUACUUCAGUACUAAUGGCUUUAAAAUCUAGUAAGUUGUUUUGGGAAUUGAGGAAGUCACUAAACCGGUUAGGAAAGGCAAAUUGGAAGUUGGUACACCAAGUUGUAAAUUGAAACUAACAUAAGAUACCUGGAAAUGUAACAUGACCCCAUGGUGAAUUGGUCCUUCCUGUUGCUCCCCGUUAACCUCCGUGUAACACAAGUUUACCCUCUGCUGGUUUUGGCAGCUGCUGCUUCUUGAGUCUGGAAAGCAAAGUGAUAUAAUUAGGGAGGGUGGGGUGACCUUUUACCUGCAUGUGUUUUCCUACAUGAAUCACUGCCGAGAAAUUUCCCAGAUACUCAAUAUUCAUAAAUCCGCUUACACACACAUUAGGCAGAUAUAUAAAAACUGGAAAUGUGUCUUAUUGGGAAGGACACAGUCUGAAGCCUUAAACUCUUAACCAUAAUAUACUACAUAAUAUACCUGUAGGCCAACUUCAGUUGUAUUUUGAAGCAUUUUAGCAAGUCUUUCGGAAUUUAACUUGUUAAGUUCUUGAUCAGAUUUUAAGUGCCUUUAAUAUAAAUGUGAAUGUGCAACCGAUGUGGUUUCUGGCUACUCAUUAGUCAAUGAGCUACCUCUGAUAAGCAGCAGUAUGACAUGAUUUACGGUUUACAGUAGUGAUUUCCUGUUCCUUAACGUGUUUAGUCAAACUAUAAAUUUAAUUUCCUUUUAUUUUGAUAUAAUCUUAUUUGUUUCCAUCAAGAAAAGGUUGCGGUUAUUUUGGAAAAUUCUGUUUAAUAACAGCCAGUUUGGUGUUAUUUCUUGUGUGUGUGUGUGUGUGUGUGUAUAUAUAUAGAGGCAUCGUUUUGCCCGGUUUGGCUCCAGUUUUUCACUUUGAAUGUCCAUUGUGUACAGUGGACCAUCAGAUGUCAAUGUUGCUGCUGACCUU